GUGAAACCUGUUCCUCCUCACCUGGCUGGGUGCGGCCUCUGAGGUGCUAUUUAGGCCAAGGAUUGCUGCUGCCUAGUUUGUUGCUUCUGCCUUUGCUGAAGUAUCCCAGGACAGAAGACCACACAGUACAUGCCAAGAUGAAGUCUACCAUCACAGAGAUCCUGCUUCUUCUGUUGGCUGCAUUUCCUCUCCUGGAGGCAAAUGAUCCUACAGAUAAAAACAGCCCUUUUUUUUAUGACUGGCAUUCGCUUCGUGUUGGCGGUUUGAUUUUUGCUGGUGUACUCUGUUUACUUGGAAUUGUUAUCCUACUGAGUGGAAAGUGCAAAUGUAAACCCAAGAGGAGAUCCAGUGUCCAGAUAGGUGUGGCACCAAAGGGUCUUCUUCCAGGAGGUGCUAGUGAGUGCUGAGUCAAGAUAACUGUUACUUGUGCUAAGAUACCUGCCCUGUCUCGUGUCCACGAAAUGUUUCCUCUCUCUACUGGUGGCAGCAGACCUUCUUUCUCUGUUAUUCUGGCCCCUCACCAAGAUCUUGGUUUUUUUUAUAAAAAUGUAAUAAAAAAAUGAAUUAAUCCCGGCGUGCGCUGGAAGGUUUUUGAUCCAAGACCUGUUCUCUGCCUGGGACCUAAUAUGUAGAUAUUUCUCCUGUAGAGACUGCAUGCACACACAUUCAGGUAUUACAUUGAGAGCAUAACACCACUACAAGUCUGAACUGGUUUUAACUGUCGUGCUGCGAGGGCAUGUUCAGAGAGGCCAUAAGCAGAAUUCUGUUAGGGAACAAAGGUAGGAGUCUUGUAAUGGAAGAUUCUCUGCAGUCUGAACAUUUUACACCUCCCAAAAUACUUUAGAGGCCAUUACAGUCCCACUCUUAUUGUUUCUGGAUUUUUUUCAAAUAGCCAUGAAUGUAUAAGCGCUUAGCUUUAAUCAAUAUGGGCUGUUGCUUUAAGAACAAAAAAAGGACUGUUGCUAUAAGGCUUGUGGUUAAAUAUCCAACUGCUUCCUUAGAGUAAACUGUCUUAUUCUGACAGCUUUAUUUGAAAUUGAUUUUAAAACCUUUUCGAGAACUUAAAAUGGUUAUUUUUGAACAGUGGUUGGGGAUUCUGGGAGUUGGAGUCCAAAAAAUAACAUCCUGAAACUCUGCUAUGAAUCCACUAAUCAAUCUUCAAAUUACAAGAAGGCAAAUCCAUUUCACAAAAUGUGAGAGAAGUGAGUUAAGGGAACAUUUCCAUUAUUUAUGUUCCCUUGCAUCCUUCCCAAUCUGGUGUCCUCUAGAUUUUGGAUAGCAGCUCCCAUCAUUCCUGGCCCUUUGUCAGCCCCAGAUGGGACUUACUGAAAAAGGAAUUGGAUCCAACAAUGAAAACACUAGUCAAGAAGAUUUUUAGUGGUUAGGAGUGAAAAUGCAUGUGGAUAUGAGAGCUCUGUAAUGUCUUUUGGUCAAGGCCCCACGCAUUACUUAAGGGAUCUCUUUCAGGUCACCUAAUAGCUGUGUUCAGCCAGGCUUUGCUUCGACUUUGGAAGAUCGUGAACAAUUUUAUGUGCACUACAUUUCUGUUCAGAAGUGGUGUGUUUUAAAGCUCUGCUUAUUGUAAUACCUUGCACUUUUAAUGCUUAUGUUAUGAAUCCAACUUGGUAGGAUUCUGCCCUAAAAGGCAAGAAAUAGAUACCCAGAAUAAAAGAAUGAAACAUUUUGU